GUUUAUAUACACACCCGACAACACCACCAUCCUCAAUUCACUCUCCUUCACAAACCCCAUUUCCAUUCACCCAAUCCCAAAAUAAUCCCACCUUCCUCUCUACAGGAAGCCUACGCGAAAACAACUCCAAUCCUAUGGCCUUUUCCUCCUCCUCCUCCCCCUCCUCAUUCAUUCUCUUCUUGGUUUCUUCUCUCUUGCUGCAUGCAGCUUUUGGGGAGAUUAUAUGCGAGGAAUUGCCUAAUGACAAAUGCGCCUUCUCGAUCGCGUCUUCGGGGAAGCGGUGCUUGUUGGAGAAAUAUGCAAGGGAGAACGGGGAGAUGGAGUACCAGUGCAGGACGUCGGAGGUGAUUGUUGAGAGGAUGUCUGAAUAUAUCGAGACGGAUCAGUGCGUGAGUGCAUGCGGGGUUGACAGGAGCUCCGUUGGAAUUUCUUCUGAUUCUCUUCUUGAGCCGCAAUUCACUGCCAAGCUUUGUUCCUCCAAUUGUUACCACAACUGCCCCAACAUUAUUGACCUCUACUUCAAUUUGGCCGCUGGAGAAGGUGUGUUUUUGCCGGACCUUUGCGAGGCACGGCGCAUCAACCCUCACCGAUCCAUGGUUGAGCUAUUGAGCUCCGGCGCUGCCCUUGGCCCUGUUGCCCCUCAAUCAUCAUCCUCACAUCUUGAUCUUGCUGCCGCUCCUGCCCUUUCCCCAAUGUAAUUAGUUGUACCAUCUACUUUAAAUAAGCCGCGCUUCAUUCAAAUUCUCGUGUUUUGAGUGGAGAAUAAUUAGCAAUUCAGAGGGGGAAUUCACCGAGGGAAUUUAAAUAUGUGAUAUUUCUAAUUGAAAAGGUAUUCUAUAUUGUUCACUUUUUUUAAUGGAUGUGAAUUAAGUGCGUCAUUAUCAUA